AUGUCAAAUUUUGAAAAAAUACAGUCUCUUCAGAUGAUAUCUACAGAUAAUGCAAACCCAGGGCGUCGACCCACCCUAUCAUCCACCAUUUCCUCGUUUGACGCAGAUAGGUCACUGUACAAUUCAGCCACAUCAACUUCAAGUACCGAGUCUACCAGUUCUUCUCCAUAUCCCCGGUCGUAUCAUCCACGUGACCUACUAAAUAAUUUUAUAAAUUCAUUUAAAGAAUUCGAUUACUCAACUUUACCACCGGUGUAUAACAAUAUCACCGACCAAGAAAGUCAACUUCAACUUAAUCCUGCUAAUCCGAAUUUCGAUUAUUCACGUUUUACACAAUUAGAAAGAGAUGCAUUAAUUACUGCAAGCUCACCGUUGUCGAAAAGAUUGAAAACAAGACAUUUGACGUGGAUAUCGUUGGGUGCAUCAAUUGGCAGUGGUCUACUUAUAUCUUCUGGUAGCUCAUUGGCCCAUGCAGGUCCCUUGGGUUUAUUGAUUGUAUGGAUUUUUGUAGGGUCAGUUAUAUUUGCAACCAUGUCGAGUUUAGCUGAACUAGCAACUGCAUUCCCAGUGAGUGGUUCAUUCACAACAUAUGUUACUUUAUUCGUCGAUAAGUCAAUCAGUUUUGCCAUUGCAUGGAAUUACGCACUACAGUGGUUAGUAACAUUUCCGUUACAGCUAGUUGCCGCUUCUCUUGCCAUUGAGUAUUGGACAAUCAAAAUUCACCCAGCAAUAUUUGUUACCAUUUUUUAUGUGUGUAUUGUCUUUAUCAAUUUGUUUGGAGUUUAUGGCUAUGCAGAAAUUGAAAUGGUAGUAAGUAUUAUAAAAGUAAUUGCUGUGAUUGGAUUCAACAUUUUGGCAAUCAUAAUUGUCACUGGCGGUGUUCCUGGACAACCCUAUAUUGGCGCCAAAAAUUGGCAAGAGCCACAAGGAGGUUUAUUCAAUACUAUCGAACCGUUCAAACAAAUGUGUUAUAUAGUGUCAAAUGUUGCCUUUGCCUAUGGUGGGGUGGAAUUGUUUGGAUUAGCUGCUGUAGAAACGGCAUCUCCUAAAAAAUCAAUCAAUCAAGCCAGAAAACAAAUUUUCUACCGACUCAUGGUGUUUUAUAUAUUAUCCAUUGUUAUGAUUGGAUUCGCUGUGUCUUAUAAAACCCCCGAAUUGCAAGAUAGUGGCGCCUUUGGUACUGACAUUAAUGCAUCACCUUUUGUUAUUGCCAUCAAACAAGCAAAGAUAAAGGCAUUGCCGUCCAUAAUGAACGGGGCAGUUAUUCUUACUGUACUUUCUGUUGGCAAUGCCUCGGUAUACGCAUCAACGAGAGUUCUUUGUGCCAUUGGAGCUUUACAACAAGGUCCCAAGUUUUUGAGCUUUAUUGACAGAAGUGGACGCCCAUUGGGGUGUUUGAUCGUUCAGUUUGCCUUUGGAUUAUUAGCUUACUUGAUUUGUAUACCAGGCAAAAAUGUUCCAGCACAGAUAUUUGACUGGCUAUUGAGUUUAUCUGGCCUAAGUGCUUUAUUCACUUACAUAUCCAUUAAUGUUUGUCAAUUGCGAUUCAAUUGCACUUUAAAACAUCGAGCAAGAAUACCCAAAGACGAAUUAUUGUAUGUAUCACCAUUAUGGUGCUCUUGGUAUGGCAUAUUCGCCAUAAUUGCAAUAUUGGCGCUACAGUUCUGGGCCGCAUUGUUCCCACCGGGUGCAGGAAAAGCUGACGUUGAAAGUUUUUUCAAAAUAUACCUAGGUGGUCCUAUAUUAUUCUUGUGUUGGUUGGGUCAUAAAUUGUACUCUUAUUGGUAUUUGAAUGUGCCCUUCAUUAAAUUCUGGUUGACCGUUGAUGAAAUAGAUAUUGAUACUGGCAGAAGACAAAUUGAUUUGGAAACUGUAAAACAAGAAAUUGCAGAAGAAAAGAUUGUCAUGGAUAGCAAACCAUGGUGGUAUAGACUAUAUAAGACCUUUUGCUAG